AUCGCUGCCCCACUUCAUCUCCUUCUUAAAAAGGACGUCAAGUAUCUAUGGUCAUCCAAACAGGAAACUGCCUUUCAGGCCUUAAAAGAAAAGCUCACCACGGCCCCCGUCCUUGCCUACCCUAAUUUUUCACAAGA